GAGUAUAAGGAAUGUGCACGGACAUGCGCGAGGGUAGAGUUCAGAUGUGUGGUUAACCUUCGUAGGGGAUUGUUGUGAAACGGAGUAUAAACAGAACUACUUAUUCGUAUAAUAAAAUAAGGACGUUGUAAUAACAUAAGAACGCUAUAUAAUAAAUAUGAAUGCAACUUCCAAUGGUGCUUAUCCAAAGAGGAAUUUGAGAAGCAUGUUUGCUGAACGGGACUAUAUUAGUGAAGAAACUGUAUUUUGUAAACAGGAAAAUUUAAGACAAUCUUUACAUAUAUUGAAUGAGGAAUUGGAGUCUUUCGAUAUCCCAUCGGCAACCGUAAAUAAUGAUCUAGAAACUUCAGAAUCAUUGAAAGAGCUAUUGGUACACGUGAUAAAUGCUUCUUGGAAAUUUAUACAUAAAUAUAGAUAUUUAAUGCGAUUACAUGACCAGUUGAUUGAUUUGAAUCAGAGAACCGUUAAUGAUAAUGUUAAUCUCAAGAAUCAUGUGAGGCGCCUGAAGGAAGACAUAGAAAAGAAGGAACUUAUGAUAUGCAAAGCAGAGGAAAAAGAAAGACGACUUAAUGUUAAAUGUGAGAACACAUCACGGGAUCUAAAGCUGGAAAGAGAUGAGGUACGAAAAUUAAAGAAACAAGCUCAGUUCAAAGAGACUCAACAUGAGCACGAAAUAAGAAGAAUCAUGCAAAAUAAUCAGAAGCUCCAGGAGCAGUUACGAAAGUCUGCUGGUUCUUUCACACCAAGAGACAAAUUGUUACAAAAAAUGCAUGAAAAGGAACUAACUACGUACAAACAAACAAUUUGUCGUUUGGAGGAAAACAAUAGGCACAUGUUGGAAGAAAUCAAUAAGCUGAACGAAGCUCUGGAGUUAUAUAAAGCUGGAAAUGAUUUACAUAUUGAAGCAUGUGGAUGGACCAAAACAGAUACUUGAGUAUCAAAUGUAAUUAAUAUUGGUAAUUUAUUUAUAGCUUGUAGAUGUACAUGAAAAAAAAGUGCAUAGAGAUAGAGCAAUUGCUAGAGAUAUAUUUGUAAUAAUACAGCAGUAUGGAGUUUUGUAACAAUCUUGUCCUUUGUAAGCAGAGAGUUUUAUGUAUUUUGAAUAAGUUUUGUUAUGUGUUAAGCGCAUUAAAAAGCUUUUGUUUAAGAUUUUUGAAUGAAAUAAAGGUGCUUUCCCUAAUUAA